AUGGUGUCCUGCAAGGCUGUGGUUGCCCUGCUGGUGGUGCACGUGGCCGCCAUGCUGGCCUCCCAGACAGAAGCCUUUGUCCCCAUCUUCAUCUACAGCGAACUCCAGAGGAUGCAGGAGAAGGAGCGGAAUAGAGGGCAAAAGAAAUCCCUGGGCCUCCAGCAGAGGUCUGAGGACGUGGGCUCUCUGGACCCCACAGAGGCCGCGGAGGAAGAAGGAAAGGAAGUUAUCAAGCUGACUGCUCCUGUGGAAAUUGGAAUGAGGAUGAACUCCAGGCAGCUGGAAAAGUACCGGGCCGCCCUGGAAGGGCUGCUGAGCGAGGUGCUGCUAUCCACGCAGAACGGUAGGAGGGGGGCGGCCACUGCUGCUGGGGCCUGGCCUGCGCCCACCCGGCGCCCCUCGAAGGCCGGCGUCUGUCUGUCCCGGGGCCGGGCCCGCACCCGCCAGGGCUCAGUGGCGGCCGCGACCUGA